AUGAAGAUCUUUAUACUUCUGGCAGUGCUAGCUCUGAGCUUUGCCGCCGCCAAGGCUGGCACAAGUCGUCCUCAGUUGUUGCGAUUGCAUCAGGUAACGCGAGCGGAAUACAAUGAAUUGCUCCGUCUAACUCAGGGUGAGAAGGAAGUCCCUGAGGCCCGCCUUCUAAGCAGCCCGAUUGCUGGCAUCAAGGGUCUGGCAGCUGGUGUUAAGAGUGGUUUUGCCGCUGGCAGUUUCAUCCCAUCGUUAUUCAGCUCAACCGAGCCACCAAAGAAAGUGGUCAACAAGAAGGGUUACCCCCUGUGCGUUAUCUCUGCCACCAAUGUGGAUGUCAAUGAGGAUGAUGACGAUGAAAACGAUGGCAAAGACGCCGGUAAAUCUUUAACCUUUACCUAUGAGCCAAACAGUGAUUCCAGCAGUGGAAGUGGAAGUGGCAGUGGAAGCGGAAGCGGAAGUGGACAUGGUAGUGGACAUGGUAGUGGGCACGGCAGUGGAAGUGGUCAUGGCAGUGGAAGUGGUCAUGGCAGUGGAAGUGGUCAUGGCAGUGGAAGUGGUCAUGGCAGUGGAAGCGGCAGUGGCAGUGGUAGUAGUAUUGAUGUCGAUGAUACCACAACUGUGAAUUGCAUUUUGGUGACAACGGAUCCUAAUAGCAGCACAGGAAGCGGAUCCGGGAGCAGCUCUGGAAGCGGCAGCAGCUCUGGAAGCGGUAGCAGCUCGGGAAGCGGCAGCAGCUCUGGAAGCGGUAGCAGCUCGGGAAGCGGCAGCAGCUCUGGAAGCGGUAGUGGAACAAAACCUAACCAUGGAAAUAAGCCCCCUCCAUAUGGACCUCCACCAUUUGGUUACCCUCCAUAUGCACCAUAUCCAUUCCCACCAUAUGGUUAUCCUGGUGGUUAUCCUCCAUUUCCAUUUGCUUUCCCGCCCCCAUAUGGCUACCCACCUCCACCAAAGCAACGUUAUCUCGACUAUGAAGAAGAACGUUCUUUAGAGGAUGCUAGCGAUGCCAUCGAUGCCUACAAUAGCUAUUACUAUCAGCAAACUCCAGUUACAACUCACCGAAAACGCUCCCGUGCCCACAAGCAGGUAGUACCGAACUCGGGUUACCAACCAGCCAGCUAUCCCAAGCAGGAAUAUGCUUCCAACUAUCCGAAAGUAGUGCGUAACUAUGGCUUAACCGAUCCUGCUCCUGUCUAUGUUAAGUCGCCGCAAUACGAGCAGUAA